AUGAAAGUUCUAGUGGCUGUUGAUAUUGAUAAUAUCACGAAUGCUAACAAUGUUGCCAAUAUUUCAAGCUUGCCGAAAUGUCACAUACCAGCAACUGCGCCGUCGCCUACUAAUACAAGACAAUUGCUCAGGAAUCUAUUGUCCUUCACUUUGAUAACAAUGUUGUUCUUGCUUUUGUCUUUACCUGCUCCGAGCUUAAUAGAAGCAGCUCCUGCGUCUUGGUCUAAUGCUUGUGGUUAUACGCUCGAAUAUGACAGUGCGAAUAAGCAACAUGUCAGUAAAAUAGCACCGCGUGCGAAGGUACUUUGCGAACUACGUGGAAAUCUUACGAAACAAAUUAAAGCCUUAAGACCUUUUAUGGGUCCUAAAAAUGUGUCAAAAGUAUAUUCCAAACACUCAUAUGCAUUUCUAAAAGUUGCCGGAAGAAAAAAUCUCACUUUAAGCACUUGGCACAAGCAUUUGCAAGUUUAUGCUCUUACUGUUGACCGUUUACUUGGUCACGCUUCCAAUCCCAACAAAAAUUUUACAGUUAAUUCAAAUAAAAGUGACAACAUAAGUAACACUAAUCUCCAGCGACUAGAACAUCUCAAUAACUCACUUCGUGGGAUACUCUGUGAUAUCCAAAUGGCUGCCAGUUUAUUGAAAGGUCGUCCAAUUAAUACAACCAUAAAUGUUGUUGCCGCAAGGACCAGAAUAAAACUAAGUACGGACAAGCGUUCGGCUAAUGAAGGAGUUGAUCCAGUUGAUAUUGAUAUAGUAUACGAUAAAUUUCGAAAGUUCUUAUCAAACAUGAGGAGACACAUCGGACGGAUAUUUACAUGUCAUGGAAAUAAAAAGGGAAGAAGAAAGACGACGGAAGCUUCGACGAAUCGGCGAAGAUUACAGGCUAAACAUAAUCAUUCAAAAAAGCCCUAA